UUUAGAAUGAAUUUAAGUGUUGUGCUGGUUUUGCUAAGCAUCGUCGCCAACGGAUGGUGCUUUCUGGAACAUGACAGUUGGAUUACAGUUGAGCUCCAUCAUGCGCUAGCAUCAAACACGGACGAAUUUUCUUUCCGCGGAAAUGUUACCAUUCCCAGUCUAAAUUCGGGCUUGUCCAAUGUAGCUCAACUUCCUUUGACCCAUGGAGAACUAGACAUGUUAAAGGCUCUUGGCAAACAAAAUGAGUUCUACCGCUUGAAGGCAACUGUGGUAUAUCCCAACGGCAGUAAGGCACGCUUCAUUACAUCCAACAAGGCCUGCAGCUUGCUGCAAGCUCAUCUGAACGAUGUACUGUGGAUCUCACUAGACCCUUCUGGAUAUGUUACCGCUGUUACUGUCUCGCAAGAUGCAUCGCCAGGUACCGACGGCUGCACAAGUGAUGAAAUAAAUAAGUUGGAGGAAACGCAUUUUAACACCGACGUUUUGAUCCGUCACGCUGAGCUAGCUCCUGUACCAGAUACAGCUGGCUUUAUUCAAAAGGUCGAGCGUGAGCGUGAGGCCAGAGAUCGCGGGGAAGUUCGUGAUAACCGAGGAUUCUUUGCCAAAUAUUGGAUGUAUAUCGUUCCUGUAGUGCUAUUGGUCUUUAUUUCUGGAGCUACAAACCAAGACGGAGCUAAAUAAGAAAUCAAGUAACUAAAGUUUACAUAUUUCGUUAGCUCUUUUAAUAAAAAUCGUAGACAAUUCUGUAUUAUUUAAUACAUAAAUAAUAAGUAAUAAA